AGAACGACAGGUGGUCGGCGACUCGACCCAGCUAUUCCGACCGAACAUCGACUUCUCAUGCUCAUCAUCAGCCGCUAUCGUGCCCAAGCAAGAACGAUAUGCAGUGCUUUGUGUUGAAGUGGUCGUGGUGACAUGGCGUCCGUGUUUUAAGUGUCGUAGAAAGUGUAAAAAUAUUCAAAAUUUUGUUUAUUUACAAUGAAUGUAAAUUAUGACCGUGUUUGUAGACUGUGCUUGUCAUCUACAUGUGAAUUACUACCGAUUUUUCCUACCACCAGUUCGGAUGACUCGGAACCUCCUGUCCUCGCUUCGAAGAUUAAAGAUUGCGUGUCAGUACAGAUAAGGGAAAAUGACGACCUGCCAACCAAUGUCUGCAGGAAAUGUAUGGAUAAUGUCAAUAACUGGCACAUAUUUAAGGCAGUAUGUGAAAGAACACAAAACAGAUUGCUUUCGUUUUUAAAUAAGGAGAGUGACCAACUAGAAGAGGUGAAAAUAAAAAAUGAACCUUUAUCUGAUGAAGCCUAUGAUGAUGGAGUAGUUAUUGAUGGUUCAUAUCCUGAAAGUGAAAAUGCAGCCCCAUCUAGUAAGGUCCAACCGGAGGGUCCACCUAUCUUGGCUUCAUUGGGGCUCACACCAAGAAGUGAUAAGGGAAUGGAUAGUGAAAAGGAUGAGGACUAUGAAGAGGAGGAAGAAAUUGACCAACAGCAAUUCACACACGUCCCAAACAUGCCAGAAGUUUCCAUUACGGUCAUGAGACCAACCGGUGAAACUCUUCACGCUCGUCAGGGUAUUCAAGAAAUAGCGUCCAAGGAUUGUCUAGUUUGUGGAAGGUCGUACAGAUAUUCUCACAAUGCCAGAAGACAUGAAUUGAACGCGCACAGCUUUGACAGAUACACAAAUAAAAUAACGAAUAAGAAACAGCAAUCACACAUGCAACCAAAGUUCAGGCCGAAUCCAUUCAACCCCAAAGCCCGCCUCAUGCCGAAUCCCAUAAGCCACAAAAUGCAAUUUCAUUCAAAAUCAAUUCCGGGUAGAAUGCCACAGAGGAUUGUCGCACCGCCGAAGCCGAUACCAAUUAAAACCGCUAAAGCUUCGCAGAAUAACUUGCCAUAUCCUCUUCGUAUAAAAGCAUUAAAAGAUCUGCAGAUCAAAAAGAAGGAACCGCAAAUUUUAAAGACACUAUUGACUUCCAAACCGGAAGUUUUGGUGUCUGAGCCUGAAAUAAUUAAUUCAGGUCCAGAAAGUCCUGAGACGUUAAUUUCCGAACCGGAAAUAGCGUCUUUCCAAGUGGAGACAAUUUUAUCAGAACCAGAUGGAUAUGUCAAUCAACAACAAGAUGAUGACGAAGGUGUUAACGAUAAUAACCAAGGCCAACACUAUGACACCGUUGAUAUGGAAUCUGAUAAUGAAAUUGAAAUUGCACGGCAAAAUGAAAACGAGAUUGAUGUAGAUGAGAAUCCCAUGAAUGAUCCCGAAGAAAACCAGAAUGAUGAAGAGAAUAAUAUGGAUGAUGGGCAAGAGGACAGUGAUAGGGGUAUUGAUGAUAGUGAUGACAGACAGGAGGAUUUAGUAAAUAACGUGGAUGGUGAAGGUGGUGAUGCCAAAGAAAGUCAGGAUGAUGAGGCGGAAAAAGAUAAUUACCAAAAUAUUAAGAAUGAAGAUAAUGAAGAUGACGAAAUGCCAGCAUUGAACAUUGCACCCGUCGUCGAGAUAAAUGAAGACAUGCAAACCAACUCUUACAAUAGUGACGGUAACGAGGAAGAAGAAGCUGACGAAACGGUUGAUCCAAAUGACACGGUUGAUGGUGAUGAAGCCGAAAAAGAUUUGGACCCAGAUAAGGUGUACAUCACAAAAACUCAAAGAGACUUCAUCUUGAAGUACCGUGAUAUCAUCGAACAGAUCAAUACCAAGCGGUGUCUUUGUUGCAAUAAAGAACAUCCACGCAGGAAAGCGGUUAUACAGCAUUUGCAGAAAAACGGACACAAAGUCCCAAAGCACACUUGUUAUAAUUGCGUAGUGACCUAUGGACAUAUCGGUGCUUUGUUGAGUCACAUGAGAUCGAACACUUGUACUGAUCUGUGGAAAAUAAUUUAUAACGAAAAUGGUAUAACCGAUGAUAUCGUGUUAGAAGAUAAACCCGAUAACAAAAUUCCAUACAAAGAUGUUGUUAACGCUAGGUCCUAUGCUUGUAAAUUAUGUCCAGCGAAAUUCCAGCUGAAACAAUUUAUUAUGAAACACGUUUUAGAUGUCCACGAGGAUGGCCAAUCACGUGUUCCGUUUUCUUGCGUCCAUUGUGGAAUGAGGUUUAAAGACAAAAAUAUUGGUAAAAGACAUAUUCGCAAUGGAGAUUGCACUGUGUAUAUAGCUUGUGAGUUAUGUUCUGACAAGUUUUUGAACAUGCAAGAUUUCAAUGAUCAUGCUGUUUCCGUGCAUGCUGGCAACUUAGAUCCCGAAAACCAAAACAAAUGUGUGGACGGUCGACCGACUGAUUGUCCUAUCUGUGGUAAGAAGAACAGUAGUUAUCCCAAUUUAGUGAAGCAUUUGAAAGCUGUUCAUAACGAAGAAAAGCCUCAUCACUGCCAACAUUGUGACUCUAAAUUCGAGCAAACUACUGAUCUUAACAAGCACAUAUACAUGGAACAUUCUGAUAGAAGUUUGGGUAUGCAGUCUAUCGAGCCCGACAUGUCCAUUGUGAAGGAGGAAGCCGAAGAAUAUCAUUAUUCAUGUACGGAAUGCAACGCCAUCUUUGAAACUGUCGACGCGUGGACAGAUCAUCAAGUUGCCGAACACAACCAGGUCGCACAUCACUGCGACCAGUGUGAAAAGAAAUUCUUACGACCAUCAGAACUUGCUGAACAUAAAAACACACAUUUGCGAGUUAAAUUUUAUCCAUGUAACGUAUGUUCGAAUUCCUACAGCACACCACAAAAGCUGACCGAGCAUAUGCAGCAGAUGCAUCCUGGGUCCAACGCACGUGGAGGUGAUAGCGAUUUCUAUUGCGAUAUAUGUGUUAGAUCGUUCAAGAGCAGACAAGCCUAUUCUAAUCACAUGCGUAUACACUCUAGAGUUCCGACAACUAACAGGAAACCAGGAGAAUCAAAAGGAUUUGCUCCUCAAAUUGUCGGUAAACCCAUAAAGCAAUUCAUGCAGCCUGGUUAUAGCCCCUACGUCCCCAAUGCACCAUAUUGUUGUGACAUUUGCGGAAAAGGAUUCAUGCAUAAGAAAAAUAUAUGGAAACAUAAAAAAGUGCUACACGCCGAUCUACUUAAUGAUAGGAAUGACAGCGAGGAAAAUACCAUGCAUGCUUCUACAGAAGAGGAUGAGUAUAAUGUUGAUGAAAACGGUGCCAUUUUAACGACGCCACAAUUUAAUAGUUUUAAUUUCACUAACGACGCUUUGCCAUAUUCAUGUGAGUUAUGCUACAAACGUUUUCCGCUGCGGACGUAUUUGUGGAAACACAAACGCGCCAAGCACGGCAUCACCAAACCUAACGCUGGUGAAGCUUCAGAAACGCAAACACAGCCGUCAUCGGCUGAAGGGAGAUCUAGUUGUACGAUAUGUAAAAUAACAUUCUCCGAUAAGAAAUCAUACUAUCGUCAUAGGAAAAACGUUCACAAGUCGACUGUCCAGAUGUGUAAGAUAUGUGGAAAGCCUUUGAAUUCAACUUUGGAAUUGUACGAGCAUCUUAAAGCUGCGCAUGCUCGCGAGUUACUUGGAUACAACGCCAACCAAGGUCCGAGUAAAUCGCAGGAGGUUGUUCAGGAAAUGGAGGUGGAAUAUGACGAGGAUCAAGAUUCCGCUGACCCGAGCGUCGAUUACCAAGCCAGAUACCCGUGUGAUACUUGUGGGAAGCAGUUCGUUGGACUUCUUGCUCUGCAGAAUCAUCAGUGUAUAAACCAGAUUCAGACACAGCCACAAACAUUCGAAUGCGAAAUUUGUCACAAGAGCUACACGUCAAUUGCCGCACUGAAGAGCCAUCGGGGAUGGCAUUUACGGUCUCCAGAUGGAAAAGCGGCUGCCAAUAACACUGGUUUAUGGAUGCCCCAAAACAAAGUGACGACCAAAGUCAGCAAACACGAAGUUGUAGAUCCGUCUCAACUCGCGCGUGUUCAACAUUCAACACCAGCCAAUAUUGCUAAAAGGAGAUUACCGCCGGAAGUCGAAAUAACUGUGGUCAAUCCGAACAAAAAGCUUCGGUCCGAUGAUUCUAUUGAAUUAGAUCAUCAGAACAAUUCAUCUGGCGGUCCCGAAGAUAAAUACUGUAACAUUUGCGAUAAAGAAUUCACGAAGCGAGCGGCCUACCAGCGUCAUAUGGACGAAGUUCACCAACCGAACUCCGUGUUCUGUCCCGUAUGCGACAAGAGCUUUACCAGGAAAUCGACAUUAAUAGUUCACAUGAAGAAGCACUACGAAAGCGGAGAAGGUACAUCAGGGUCCACGCAAAUGGAUGAAGAUUCGCACACGUGUGACGUAUGCGGCAGUGUGUUCGACAGCUCGAAGUCUCUGAUGGCCCACAAGAACAUGCAUCAUGGAGAGGAUGAAUCCGACCAGUCUGAAGACGACGGCGGUGCGACUAUACAGCCCCCAGGCGAGUUCACGUGCGCUCAGUGCGGCGACGGCGUCGCUACACCACGCGACUUAAUAGCACAUCGAGCUAUGCACGCCACUCCGACGAAGUUCUUCUGUAAUAUUUGCAAGGUCUACUUUGCUAGAGCGUUGGACCUCUCCUCCCACACUCGAGCCAGACAUUCUGACAACGAAAAAGUAUUCUUCCCUUGCGCGAUGUGCGACCGUUUCUAUAUGAACAAGAAGAGUUUGCAACGCCACAUAGAAAUGGCUCACUGAUACUGAUUCAGGACUCGUGUCGAUCUAGUAAUUAGGACCACGGUUUCGGUUUGAUUGAGUGUUUUGGAAACAUUGUCCGCGGUGAACAUUAGUGGUCGAACUAAGUGAUAUUAGAGUGUCAUUUUCCUAUUGUAAAUAUAUAUAUCAUAAUGUUGUUUAGCUUCGUCGAGAGGAUAUCUACUGAGCGAUUUUUUUUACACUUACAAUUCAUUCCUUGGUUGCCGGCGAGCGGAGUUUUAAACGUUUAAUUUUAAAUAUAUUAUUUUUAAUUAUUAAGUAUUUGCUCACGUGUUCUGUUAUUUAUUUUUUUUGGUCCAUUGCGUUAUGGAUAUUAAACAUUUUGUUUUAUGCAGUGGGUCGUUACAAGCUGGCGUUGAGAACAAUAGGUUAGUUAUUAUUAUUUUAAAGAUAAUGUGGUAAUUAAGUGAAGUUAUUAUCUUUUCUAUAUUUUGAAUAUUUGAAUCGGGCCAAAAUUUUGAUUAUAGUCAUUAACAGUCACUAAACUGUUUAUAUCUAAGUACCAACGACAUUUUCUUAUAAAAUUAAGUCAAUAAGUCGGUUCUCGGGCGCGUCCGCUUGAUCUAUAUGAUUUUUUUUAUUUUACAUUACUAUGUAAAUAUUUUCAUACUCUGAUUAGUAAUUUGAUUAUUUCGAUUGGGAAAGGCGAGGUCGUAUAUUAAGUUUUUAUUAAAAUGUACUGAUUAUUUUAUAGUAAUUUCAAAUGUAUAUUUUAUACAAACUUAUAACCACUAAGGGCGUUAUCUCCUCAUCUAUGGUAUUCUAUCUCGGGGCCUAAUUUUUAGGACAGGAAAAAGAAUAUGCCUUCUAUAUAAAGCACAAUUAAAAUUACUAGCGACUACAAAGAGAUUUCUCGAAGAUAUUUUUCUAUUGUUGAUAAAAAUGUUUUAAGCAAUAGUUAUUUAUUCGACUACCCUCAUUUAUUAACAUUUAAUAUAAUAUUGUUAAAUAGCUGUUUAUUUAUAUAUUGAUAUAGUGUUACGGUGAUUAUUUAUUCUGAGUUUUAGAAUAGAUAAUAAGAAUUUUAUUUUGAAUAAUGAUUUCGCAUGUAUCUUAUCUGAAUUGUAAUACGUUUACGUGAGAAUAUUACGUGUAUAGAUGUUAAGUUGUUUGUUUGUUUUUACAAAAAUCUUAUAUCCCGGCAUGUGAUGUCUUAUUGUAAGUAACAGCGAGGUGUCUCUACCAUCAUUGUUUGAAAAUUUUCCCAUACAAUACAUGCUAUUGAAGAUGGUUUUAUAUUAAAUCCAUUGACAAUUCCUUAUAUAUAUAUAUAUGUGAUUAAGCAAUCCCUUGUCAAAUAUUGAAAUAUUGUGUUAUUAAUAUUAAAAUAUUUUUAAAUUAUGUAAUUAGAAUACAUAUAUUUGUCCAUAGAUGAGGUUUGUUAUGUCAACUUUGUGGUUUCAAUAAAGUGACUUAAUGAUAA